AUGAAAAAAUCACACCCGUCUAAACGUUCUCUGGUAAUCGUUGAGAGACGAACGUUGUCACUCGACUUUUGCUUUGACGAACCAGAUGAUGGCCAAAAGAUCAAAAAGAUGAGAAUGCUGGAUACAAGUGGCAACACUGAGACUUUGACACACAUCAUAUCAGCAAACGACCCUCUGGACAAGGCGAAUUCGACAACCCAUCAUCGCGACAGCCAAGCAGAACCUUCACUAAACAAGAAUCUGAACUGUCGCGUCGGUGAUAAAGAAGAAGUGGGCGCUGAAGGCUCUGAUGAGAUUGAGGCUGCAUGCAGCGAUAUUAAAGGGCUGAAAGACAAAGGAGAGCAGCAGACUGAAGCUGCAUACAAAACCAACAAGGGCGAUUUUACACAAAGUGUCGCCGCGCCACAGGCAGCUAGUGAUCGCCGGAGAGAGAAUGAUAAGUUCGAACAAGUAACCACAUCCAGUCUUAGUAAAGAUAAACCAACAACAGCACCGCACACGAAAACACAACAAGCACCUAAGCCAAUACCAAGUCCAGCCCAGGAAGCUAAUACAACAGAGCCUGCCAAUUUACUGAUUCAUACACGUCAAUGUCACUUGUGUGUAUUUCCGCCUACCACGUUUUCUGAAUUAAUAUUACAUUAUGCCGCAGCUCACAACAUCACUAUCCCCAAAACCGCAAAAUACCUUCAUUUGCAGCCAGAUCUCGACAAUGUCGACGACGUUUGUCAAAUGUGCGAUAGAAAGUAUAAGAGUCGAGCAACAUUCAUUUCGCAUCUGCAAAAAAUGCACAAAAUCCAAUGUUCAUCCGCAAAAGUAGCUCCAAUACCCACAAGUUCAAAAGUCCCUACUGUUCACGAAAACCUCAAUAACAAAGUAUUGCCAGCAACUGCUAGCAGCAAGAGCCCCGACGCUACAUCUUCCUUCACAGCUCCUAGCAGCGAUCAAAACUCUGCCACGCCAACAGCACCCAACGCUGUACAAAAGAACAAGAAAGCAACUCCAGCUAGCAACAUCAAGAAGAACGAUUCACCUACAUCCAAGAAGGCUCAAGCCAAAAGCGCAACAUCAUCUAGCACAACCCAGAAUGAUAGCGAUGCUUUUGCUGUGAAAUUCCUUCUUGAGGACGGCCUGUUAAAUAGUUCUGUUUCUACCAGUCCAUCAAGAUCACCCACGCAAAGUCUCUCACCAGCUGAAGCAUCCAGUCCAGCCAUAGCUCCUCAAUCAGCAAUGCAAAGAAAUUUUGUUGCCCUUUAUCCUGAUCUACUAGACCCUCAUAACUAUUGCAAGUGUUGUAAGAAGACGUUCUCAAGUAAACAUGUAUACAGAAACCAUUGUAAAACUGCGCAUUCUAUCCCUUUACCAGAUCCAAACGACCCCAAUUUCUUCUGCUACGUAUGCAACUUGAAAAAUCCAGAUUUAUUCACCUAUCGAAAACAUAUGAGCAAGGUACAUCGGAUGAAUGGGUUUCCAAAAAUGGUUGAUAUCAAGUGUCAUCACUGUCGCAACACAUUUACCAAUGAGAGGAAAUACAGCGAGCAUCUCAAAAAGGUGGCACAGUGGGAACAAGAAAUACAACUGAUGGAGAAGCGCCCUACACCCAUGUGGGAUGAACCCAGCCUUCAUUGUAGCAAGUGUCUCAAAACAUUCGAAACUGACAAGAGUUACAAGGGGCAUUUACGCUACUUUCAUGGUAUGUCUGCGACGAAAUAUUACAAACGCCUGCAGGAAGUCGAAAACGAUCAUAACCAGAGCAACAAGGCCUUGGAUAGAGAAAAUGCAGAUAAAGAUCACUUUUUCUGCUUUGCUUGCCGAAAAGACUUUUUUGAUAAAUACCAAUUUGAUCAGCACCUAAAGGAGACUCACAAAUUACGUCUAAGCAACACUAGUAUCAGUAAUCUCAAAAUUGCACCCUCGCCACAAGUGUUUGCUAAGCCUCUGGAUCCCACUUUAUAUUACUUCAUGAUGAGGGGUGUUGGCCAGGCCAAUUCUAAUUAA